AUGUCCGUCCAGAGGGGGCCGGCCCCUCUCCCGGGAGUAGGGGCGCGAAUCCCCGGGAGGGGGCUGGGGGACCCGGGCAGCUCUAGCCCCUUCCCAUGCUCUCCGCCCGGCGCCUGGCCGGGGCCGGACAGCGCCUCCGCCCGCCCCUGCGCACCGCCUCACACCCGCGCUCACACACACUCACACUCCCUCGCGCGCUCUCACACACGCACUCCCCUCCCUCCUCCUCCUCUGUUUAUCUCCUCCAGCUGUCUGGGGACCCAGGAGAAGCCCAGCACCGCGCCUGCGCCACGCAGUCUCCGCCCCCGCCCCGCGCCUCACAGCCCGCGGCUACGCUACGGAGACAGCGCCCGGGCGUUUCCAGAAUGGCGAGAAGAGGAAAGAAGCUAAGCACAGAGAGGUUAA